AUUCACGAACACAGACUCGAGCUUAGACCACAUAACAAACAAGAAUCUUAGCACAGCUAAGCGCUGUACUGUUCUUGCGCUUUACACUCAAAUAAUUCGACUUUUUCGAAGAAUGCUUGUGUAUAUAUGCUUUCUAUGUUCAUUCAGAAAAGCUAUGCAAAUUUACAGCUAACCAACUGCUCAGAACUUGGUUUCCAUUAUAUAAUUAUUCAUUUAUUUGAUGGUUAGUUUGAAUGUAUUUACGAAAGUGAAUCAAAACUAAACCGGAAUUCAGAUUGAGAUGAUGUCCCCGGUACAAACAUGAAGUUGGUUUGUGAAAUGAUUUGUAACUAGAUGAUUCAAUGAUUAAUGAAAGAAUAAUUGCAUCAUACCGUAGUGUUGAGUAAAAUUAUUGUUAGCUUCAGUGCUGGAAUAGAGGAAUUAUUGUUGUGGGCCCAUCGCUUUAGUUUAGUUGCUUUAAAAUAAAUUUUACACACUUUUAAGUUUGAGUAAAUUCCAAAUUGAAUUUUCAAGUAAUUAAUUUUCAGAAAAAGGAAACUUUUGUUGUUGCAAUUUCAAUUUUAGACGGUUAGAGAGUCUUCUUCCUCGUUUAAAGUAUAUCUAAAAAGUAUUUGCAAUUUGAAAUUUAAGCCAAAAGUAGCGAAAAUUAAUUAAACUGAAAAAAGUAGAUUGGAAACGCCGUCGUAGCGACAUAUCUUUCGAACAAAUGGCCAAAUGGAAACAUGUGAGUCGCCGUUUUCAUUCUGUUGUGUCACACUUUUAAAAGCUGUCUUUACUCUCUCAGAGAAUCUCUCGAGAGAGGAGAAGAAAAUGGAGAAAGCGUUAACGAAAGUGACGAGCUUCAAAGUGGGAGGCUCAUGGAUCUCGAAGAAAGCCAAAGAAGAGCUCUCUAACAUCACCACUGACCUCACUACGACAUUCUCUAGUACCGUUGAAGAAAAAGCCAAAUGGGUUUUCAACAAACUUAAAGGAAAACCACUCAAAAGCUUACCAGAUCUUCUCAGAGAAUACAACUUACCACCGGGACUCUUCCCACAAAACAUAAUCUGCUACGAAUUCGAUGAUACAAAGAACAAACUCACCGUCUUCUUCUCUACACCAUGUGAAGUCACAUUCAAAGAUGGAUCAGCCAUAAGAUACGCGACACGCGUGAAAGGGAUUUUGCUUAGAGGGAAACUGAUGGGUGUUGAAGGAAUGAAGACCAAAGUGUUGGUUUGGGUUAAAGUCACGACAAUCUCAGUCGAGAGCUCGAAAUCAGACAAGCUAUGGUUCACUGCCGGUGUCAAGAAGUCUCGAUCUAAGAGUGUUUAUGAUAUCCCUCAUGACGCUAUCAAAGUCGUUGGGGAGUUCUAAAGAAGGGUUAUUUGAUUCAUGAAUUUUAUAUUGGUUAUUUGGUUAUUAUUUGCAUCUUGGGAAGAGGUAUAUAUAUAACGCUCAUUUUUCUUACA